ACGUUGAUGUACGUUCAAUCUGAAAACAGUUCCUGUUUAUAUUUGCUGUCAAAAGUGGAUUUUCAUACCGCGUUCAUUGGAAGGAACUUCUGAUUUUAUAGGUAAAAUGCACAUUUAACGUACAGUUUCAGUCGUUAAAUGUCAAUCUUGGGCGCAGAGAAUGCAUUUCGCUAGAAUAAGUUACUAACGUUACCCAACUAACGUUAACUCGGCAUUUUAGAUACAAGCCGACUGUUUAUUAUACCAUAUCAAAUGAGGAAUUAACAUAAAAUUAAGAUAUUUUAGAGCAGUAUCAAUAUCUGCAGUCUCUUUAUGUAAAGAUGUAACUUAUGUUGACUGUUUUAAAAACAGCUGACAGUGACUCUGCUGGCAUGUCAUGAUUUCACCACCUCUUUUCUUAAUUUUGUAGUAUUUAGGUUAUUAUAAUCGACGUGAGAAGAUUACUUUAAUUGCCAGCAGUCAUAAACAGUGGGCAUACAUGUCUCACCGGCCCUCUGGCCAACAUUAACGUGUGCAUCGUCGGAUUUCUGCUCGUGAAGCCGUCAAUGUCUGCGUCCGCCCUGCGAAUGAUCCGCGUCCGGAGGCUGAGCACCACCGGACCUGCUGUGAAGAGAGCACUGCCAUGGAGAGACCUUAGAAAAAUAGCAAAAGUGACCGGAGCAAUAGUAUUGGGAGGCUGUGUUUUCAUCACAUACGAGGCGGUUACUCUGAACCAGGCCGUCACUAUCGACACCAGUGCCAUACUACAGGAGAAGCACAAGUCCUACAUCUACCUGACUCACACCACUAAUAGGGAACAGGAGAGCCUUGCUUCUGGCUUCACUAUCAAGACCAGGAAGGAACUUCAUAAAGCAGCUAGAAAGUUUCUUGAAAUUUCAUCAAGAGUUCUUCUUCGCCCAUUGGAUGAGCAUCUCAGUCAUCUAGACGCAGACCCUCAUGAAUGUGCGCUAUGGGUGCUGCUGAAGAAAACCCGCUCUGCCGACCGGGCCGUUAGACAGCAGGCGGUACAGGAACUGGCCCAGAAUCACCACUGGCAGGAUUAUCAGUACCAGACUGCAGCACAGGCAGUAGAUCAGCGCACAGCUGUGGCUCUCGCCCGCAUAUCUAAUGUGGACCAGCGCUUCUUUCUCCCUCCACCUCCACUGCCGCACACUGACGAUGAUAUAUCGAUAGAGGAUGGGCUUAGGCAGUUACUGGCAUCUCUGCCCCAGUCGGAGGUGGAUCAGUGUGUGCAGUACUUCACCUCUCUGGCAUUAAGAGAGAGCAGCCAAUCACUAGCCUCUCAACGGGGAGGGCUAUGGUGUUUCGGAGGAAAUGGGUUGCCCUAUGCUCAAAGCCUGACUUCCACCCCCUCUGAGAAGGUGGAGACGUUCUGCCUGCAGGCCCUGGUGCAGCACUCAAAGGUCCAAAGUCAUUGUGACCACAUUGUUGCUAAUGGAGGACUGCAGCUCUUGCAAAGAGUUUACCAGCUUCGCAGAGACUCUCCGAAAAUUCAGCGCAACAUUGUGCGAAUUAUUGGAAAUCUCGCCCUGAAUGAGAGCUUGCACACUGCCAUAGUACAGUCAGGUUGGGUGACUGUCCUGGCUGAGAUGAUCCAGUCACCACACAUCAUGCAGGCAUCUCAUGCUGCCCGUGCUUUAGCCAAUUUGGACAGAGAUGCAGUAAGGCAAAAGUACCAGGAUGGUGUUUACAUAUUGCACCCACAAUGCCGCACUAAUCAGCCAAUCAAAGCCGAUGUUCUCUUUGUGCACGGCCUCUUGGGAGCAGCUUUUAAAACUUGGCGUCAAAAAGACCUUGAUGUGACGGAUGAUGACAAGGUGGAAGGGGUUCGAGAUGACUACACUGAAUGCUGGCCCAAGUCGUGGUUGGCUGCAGACUGUCCAAACCUCAGAAUCCUGUCUGUUGAGUAUGACACCCAUUUAAGUGACUGGAAGGCUAAGUGUCCUGCUGAAAACCAAAGGAAGUCCUUGGCCUACAGAAGUCAGGAACUGCUGAGGAAAUUGAAGGAUGCAGGUGUAGGGGACAGGCCUGUGGUCUGGGUAGCCCACAGUAUGGGAGGUUUACUUGUGAAAAAGAUGCUCUUAGAUGCCUCUAAAGAUCCUGAUCUUAGUCCACUGAUCAAGAACACAAAGGGAAUUCUAUUCUACAGCGUUCCUCAUCACGGCACAUUCAUGGCAGAGUAUUCUGUAAAUGCCCGAUACCUCCUUUUUCCCUCCAUUGAAGUAAAAGAACUAUGUAGAGACUCUCCAGCGUUACGGGACUUGAAUGAAAAUUUCCUGAACAUUGCAAAGGAACAAGAGUUCAAGGUCCUUAGCUUUGCAGAAUCUCUGCCAACCUACAUUGGGCCGAUGCUCAAAAUAUCGGUAGUUCCAUCGCAGUCAGCAGAUCUGGGUAUUGGGAACCUCAUCCAGGUGGACGUUGAUCACCUCAACAUCUGCAAGCCAGAAAAAAAGAACUCAUUUCUCUAUAAACAUACUUUACAGUUUAUUCGGGAUGCUCUUGGAGGACAGAGAAUUAAGUGAACUCUAAGUCCACAAUCCAAAACCAGUCUCUUGCCAUUUCAUUGCCUCUUGAGGGUUCAACAAUUACAUUUUAAAAGAUAGUGUUAUGUGUUAAUAGUGUUAGAAGGAAGUUCUAAAAUUGCAACUGGAUUUUUUGUUUGUUUUUCAGUCAAGCCAAUAUGAAUAUGCUUUUUGUUAAAACCUCUGGGUUUAACUUUUAAUGUGUUUCGCCCACUUCACCGUCGCCUUGUACUGUAUUUCAUUUCAGUAAUUUGGAAUGAGCAAUUUUUGGCAUUUAUUUUAACUGAAAGCUAUAACAAAUUGAAACGAGUAUCAAGUAUAUUAUGUUUAAAAUAUCAAUGCAUAUUUUAAAAAUCAUAGAAAGUCCAUUUUAUUUAUAGUAUUUAUUUUUCUUGGAAGAAGCUGAAAACUAGCCUUGUCUUAACUCACCAGCCUUCUUUGUAUCCCUACCUCAGACUCACAGGUUGGUACUGAUCCUGGCUGUAAUUUGCCACUCUUUUUGUACUAAUGGAUUAAUUGUAGUACUUGCAUUGGACCACACUACAUUUAUUUUGAUGUUGAGUAUGUACAAGACACAAUUACUGCCAAAUCUUUAUCACACUGAAUAAAGUUUUGUGUUCUAACUUUA